CAAUAAUAAACCUAAACGGAACCCUCUGCAAAUUGUGUAAUAAUAAUAUCAAUAUUAUUAAAAGGGUUAUUAAAAAUCUAAAUAAUCCCAAUUCCUGGAAGCCUGAAGAGAGAAAUAGAGAGAGGCAAACUUAUUUCUCAAUCAUCUAUUUUUCUUUUUAUUAUUAUUUUUAACAAAUUUGUAUUUUUUGGCCGUGGGUACGAAGAAAGAAGGCGCUAAAUAAUAGUAAGAGUAAGAGAAGCAGAGAGGGAAGAAAAAAGAGAAAGGGAAAGGAAAAGAGGGGAAGUGGGGGCGCGUCAUGCGAUUGAGGUGGUGGCGGCGGUGGCUGUCGUGGCGGUCAGGGAGUGGAAGCAUCAAAACGACGGCGUGCGAUGCGGCAUCGCUAUCAACGGGAGGUCAUCGUUGAUGGGCCUGCAAUUGCAAAUGAGUUGGCAGCCGAGUUUACUGAGUCAGAAACGCAAGACCGGUCCUCCAUUAGGGUUAAAGAACCUCGGUAAUUCUUGCUACCUCAAUAGCGUUCUCCAGUGUCUCACCUAUACGCCUCCUCUUGCCAAUUUCUGCCUCCGCAAACAGCAUUCUUCUCUCUGUGAUUCAAAGGACGCCGACCGGAAACGCGACUGCCCUUUUUGCAUUAUAGAGAAGCGGAUAGUUAGGUCUUUGAGCGUCGAUCUCUCCCUCGAUGCGCCCAUGAAGAUUCAGAACUGUCUUCGGAUUUUUUCGGAGCACUUCCGCGGCGGCCGCCAGGAAGACGCUCAUGAGUUUCUCCGCUAUGUCAUUGACGCCUGUCACAAUACAUGCCUCCGCCUCAAAAAGCUGCGGCGGAUCGGUGGUAGUGGCAGCGGUGGUUCUUCGGUUGUGAAGGAGAUAUUUGGGGGUGCCUUGCAGAGCCAGGUGAAGUGCAUUUCCUGUGGCACUGAGUCCAAUAAGGUUGAUGAGAUAAUGGAUAUUAGCCUUGAUGUUCUGCAUAGUAAUUCUCUCAAAGAUGCCUUGCAAAGGUUCUUUCAGCCUGAGAUUUUGGAUGGUAACAAUAAAUACAGAUGCGAGAGUUGCAAGAAAUUGGUACCAGCAAGGAAGCAAAUGUCAAUUCGUCAAGCCCCAAAUAUUCUUGUCAUCCAACUCAAGAGAUUUGAGGGCAUUUUUGGUGGGAAGAUUGAUAAGUCCAUUGCAUUUGAAGAUGUUUUGGUGCUUUCAAGCUUCAUGUGUAAAGCAAGCCAGGAUCCACGACCUGAGUAUAAGCUUUUCGGUACUAUUGUUCAUUCAGGCUUUUCACCUGAGUCUGGACAUUAUUAUGCAUAUAUUAAGGAUGCAAUGGGUCGGUGGUAUUGUUGCAAUGAUUCAUAUGUAUCACUUUCCACUGUUCAAGAGGUGCUGUCAGAAAAGGUUUAUGUUCUCUUCUUUUCUCGUACCAGCCAAAGAUCAGAAUCUGUUAGCUCUUCCCUUGCUGACACUGUUUUGAAUGGGGUAAAAUCCCAAGACUGCAAUGGUCACGAAGCAUCUAAAAGUCUGAAGUCAGCUAUUCCUCUCAAGGGAAUGCAUGCAAAGACAUGUGAAGAAUCUUCUCGAAUGGAUAUGUUAGCUGUUUCUAAGGCUGAUAAAGUGGGUUCCAGCCCACAUAUUAAGUUCAACAUUAAUGGAAGUUCUAUUUCCAAAGGACCCUCUUUAAUCAGUAAUGGGAAAAUUUCCAAGAAUGGGUCUAUGGGAAGUAAUGGGGAUGCAAAAAAGACCAUUUGUUUGGAGAAAGUAGAGAAGGCUAAGUCAAUAUCAUUAAAUAAAAAUGGUUUAAACAGCAAUGGGAAAGCUAAUGGCAUUGCCAGUAAAGAUGGCUUAGCAUCUGUUUGCACAGAAGUAUGUGGUAAUCCUCAUACUAAAGAGCUGGAGAUUAGUGAGAAUGUUACAAGAGACGAGUUAAAAACAAGACCAGAUCACCAGGGUUUGGUUAAUGGUGGUGCUAAGGUGCCUAGUUCCAAAAGAAAAUAUGGGGAGGAUUCUUGCAUUUUAUUAGCAAAGGAUGCUCAAUCUCGGAAGAAAGUUGAAGAUUUGAAAGUAGUCCUUGCGAAAGAAGCUUCUUCAGUUUUGCGAUCAUGCGGUUGGUCCGAGAAAGUUUAUAGUUUCAUGAGUUCAGAGAAGAGGUUACGUACAAAAGAAGCUGGAACAACUUCAUUAACUGACAAUGAGUUAAGGAAGCUGUUGAUUGUGGAUGCGAAAUCCAAGUUUCUUUCACAAAUACCAGAGUCUUUGAAAGAAGAUCUCAUCAAACGCCUCCAAUUGUUUAGCCAAGAAAAAUGACUAGUAGGCAGAGGUAGCAGGGUGCAGAGUGCUGACAUCAAUUUCUUGAGCCUGGGAGAGGCUUUGGUGUAUAAUGUAGAGUGGGGGGGUUAUAUGGUAAGUUUGGGAUAAUGAACUCUUUUAGAAGAGGAGGCAAAGAAAGCCUUUAGUUGCUUGGCCUUGUCAAAUCAGAUCGAGAUGGAAAGCUGUUUCCAAAGAUUUUUGUUAUUCUCCUUUGAGGCUGUGCAGUAUGUAAUGGCAGAGGAUGUGAGUCAGGAAUUUAAUUCAUUAUGUACGAUAUAUCUUCUUUUUGGCAUUUAUUAUAUCUUAUUCUUAGCCUACAAUCUAAAAUUUUGUGGAUAUAUUACCAAAUUUCUUUUUCUUCAA